UGCUUGUAUCUUUUAUCUUGCAGACAAUGGUAAAGAAGGGGUAUGACCGUACCCGGCGGCAUGCCUCAAAAAAAGAAAUAGUUCGCAGCAUACAACAAAUGCUGAGAGAAAAAUUCGCCCGCGAGCACUCUGAAAGUGCAAUAGUAAAGAGGUGGUCGGACCUAAAAAGGCGAGACCCAGAAUUCGUCAGAGAAAUAUCUGAAAGAGUCUGCCCCGGCCAGCCUGUUCCAACAGUGCGCUCAACACCUGCGCACCGGGAUAUCCACGUGGUGGAGGUCUCUGAGGAGGAUGAAGAGGAGGCAAGCCCCCCCACCGCGAUGGAGACGAGCGACACUGCUCCGCCAGAUGUCGCCGAACAUGUGGAGGAGGAAGGCGGUCCCUCUCAACCCCACACCUCACCGACGGCUGCCGCAAUACCUCCGGCCGAGGUGACCGAGGAGCAAGAGGUGGCCGCACAGGCAGAGGAGGAGGAGGAGCUUGUGACCACCCCACAGCAGGAGGGGAUAAAUAAUCUAAUAAAAAAAAUAAAAGGGGUCAUAAAAGACCAAAAAAGAAAAAGCGAGGCUUUCCGCCUCCAAAUGCAAGAAUUGGAGAAGAGGCACCGGCUCCUGGAGAGGCAGAACCAGCGGGAUCAGCGCGAGCUCCUGGACCAAUUGGAACAAUUAAAGAAGCACCGUUAG